CCGCAAACCCAAACUCCUAGAUAUAAAAGGAACGGAAGCAGACCCCCUCGCCUGCGCGCACGAAGGCUUACGCUAAAAAGCUUAUAUUCCUGACACUCUAAAACUAACCCGACACCCACCGCAUUCGGUAGCCCCCAACAGCAGAAUGGUGCAAAAGACAACCUUCAUACAGAAGCUUCACCGGAUCCUGGAGGAAAAGGAGUACCAGCACCUUAUUCGCUGGUCGCCGUCCGGCACCUCUUUCCUCGUCCUCGACGCCUCUGGCUUCUCGGCAACAGUGCUUCCUCGUGUCUUCAAGCACAAUAACUACACCAGUUUCGUUCGGCAGCUGAACUUGUACGGCUUCCACAAGAAAAAUCGGAGCUACCAUCGUCAUACUCUCCCCGAGGAGUCCCACCACAACGGCUCAUUCGUCGCCCCUCAACAGCACGAGCCGCGGGAGUUUUCCCAUCCAAACUUUAUCCGAUUCCGUCCCGACCUCGUCAGCGAGAUCAAGCGCAAGCCCACUACACUGCAGCAGCACCAGAUUCAACAGUUGCAGCUGGAGCAACAUCGGCAAGGAGAGUCGUCGCAUUCUGUGCCGCCUAUGCACCCUCGCCAUGAGGGCGAUCGCUUCACACCAUCCAUGGAACAUCCUUCCACCGUUGUCGACCAAAGAGUGCGCGGAUACCAGCCCUCAUCAUCACCGGCGACGGCAGGCGACCGACUUCCCGUGCGAUCGUCCCCCGUUCCUCCGCUGUCAGCAUCGUCGUCAAAGAGGUCUUUCGAUGAUCUCCUGCUUCCCUCCGCCAACCGCAUGUAUUCGUCAGCAACUUCCUCCGGCUCAUCCGCGACACGGUCACCCCACCUACCCGUCCACAACUCGCAGUUCGCUCAUCCGCAACAGAGCCAUCGUCCGGCUCCGGCCGCACAAGACGCAAAUGCUGAUAUCCUCAGGCAGAUGGCGAUGUUGCAAGACACUGUGAACCAGCUGGUCGGCGAGCUACGCGGCGUAACCUACACCAACGAACGCCUACAACGUGACGUCGACUACCUGCUGCGGCAGCAACACGAGCACCAGCAAUCGAAACAACCCCCAAGGCAGGAACCCGAAGAGCGUCCAUCGCGGCCCUUCGACCUACCAAGGCAGUUCAGUUCCUCGGAACGUCGGCGCUCUGCUAGCCCGCGUCGUCGGGAUAGCAACGGCAGCACGGCGGCCCCGAUCCUAACGUCUCCAUUACCGAGAUCGUUGUCCGGGUCCAGCCCCGUGAAUCUACCCCCACCAUCCGUCCUGGCUUCGUUUGCUCCCACCAACGCCCCUUAUGCAUCCCCGCCCUUCGAGUCGGAUCCGUUCCGUCACACUGGUCGCGAGGAAACGAGGAAGGACGCAUUAACGCUUCCUGCAUUGAGGCCGCCUGCACCUGGGCAUGAGUGGCGAAAGACCACGUCGGCGGGAUCGGGACCAGAUAGGAUCUGGUAGUUGGCGUCGAGCGGUCGGAUCUUUUCUUUUCUUUGUACAUAUCUUAGCGAAAGUUUUUAUUUGUCGGAAGCAUUCACAAUAUAUAUGGCACAGUGUUUGGCGGGAUUGUCUCCACAUCUCUUUCCUGCCCCACUUGGAUCCGGGAAACCCGCCCGGUAAUCAUGAAGUUUUCAGUACGGA